AUGACACGAUCACUCCCGCUGAGCGAGACGCCCGACAGCCAUCGGGAAUAUCGUGUCCGUCCAAAGCUCUUUCGGCGCCACCCGGAGCAGAGCGCGCCCACGGGCAGCCCGGCCCGGCCUGCAACCGCCCCUGUCGCGGACGGAGACGCGCACAACCCCGUCCUUCCCAGCCCGGAGCCCGACUCGGGACCACCGCCCCGGCUCCCCCCGCGCCCCGCCUCGGCCCCAGACAGCAGGAGCCUCAGUGAAACGGGUGCUCUCCUGGGCCAGCUGGGGGUGGACUGGCCCUGGGCGCCCGAAGCGCCGUCCCCCCCGGAGACCGUGGCAGCCUGGAAGCGAGCGCUCAGCCAGUGCCCGCACACCGUGGCGAGGGAGCCGGGCCCGGGGGCCGACGGGACGCUGUUCGCGGUGCGCCUGAGGAGCUUCCUGGAGCAGCAGGGCCUGCAGGGCUACGACCCCAGCCUGGACGUCCUCCGGGUGACCGAGGAGGAGCUGCGAGCGCUGGCGGAGGUGGAGCGCGCGGCCCAGCGCAGCCUGGCCGAGGCCCCGGGGAGCGCCUGCACCGUGGUGCACGUGGUGAGCGGCGAGGAGGAGCUGCAGCAGCAGAAGGCCGACUUGCUGUGGAGGAUGCUGGAGCCCGGGGCGCUCUCUGCCGCACAGAAACACCUCGUGUGCGGGCCAGUGAAGGCUACAAGCGCUUCAGUCCCUGAAGGGGCCUCGCAGUACUACCAGCUGCGCCAGCGCCAGCUGCACAAAGCCUCGGUGAUGAAGUACGGAGACCUCGCCCAUGACGAGUCCUGGACCGAGGUCAGCAGGGUCCUGACCUCCGCAGCCAUCCGCUUUGAGAUGCUGAGCACAGCCCACCGCAGCCAGAUCACGCUGGACCUGGCAGAUGGCGGCAUCUCCACCAAGGGCACCCGGAGUGGGGCCUUUGUGAUGUACAACUGCGCCCGGCUGGCCACACUCUUCCAGACGUACCAGCAGGCUGUAGAGCAAGGUACCUACCCAGCCUUGCCUCCGCCGCCAGAGCUGGACUUCUCCUGCCUCCGGGAAGAGGGCGAGUGGCUCCUGCUCUUCAACCACAUCCUCCCCUUCCCUGAGCUCCUGCAGCAAGCAGCUCAGCUCCCCAUCUCCAGCAGCGGGAUCCGCAUCACGGCCAACACUGAAGCGGUGUGCAGGUUCCUGGUCCAGCUCAGCAUGGACUUCAGCUCCUACUACAACCGUGUCCACGUCCUGGGGGAGCCGCUGCCUCAUUUGUUCCCCCCGAUGCUGGCCCGGCUACAGCUGCUGAGUGCGGUGAGGGACGUGCUGCACAGCGCCCUGGCCACACUCCACCUGCCACCCCUCAACCAGGUCUGACAGCGAGGACCCUGCCGAUGCCAGCCAGGGCCUGUCCUGCCACCACCCUCAGCCUUCAUAGGCUGUGCAGGGUGCUGGCGAGCACACGGGACAGAGGAGGUGGAGGGGUCUGCUCCACCUGAGACAGGUGCCCACUGGAGCAGCCGGGGCCUCAUGCCUGGCUGGAGGCGCUCCAGGGAGCCACCCUCCUAUGGAGACUUUUGCUCCUGCUUUCGUGAGGUCCUAUUGCCUCUGCCCACCUGGGGCCAAAUACAGCCUGUCCCCCAGCCGCUGCCCUGUGCCUGCUUGACCCCUGCCCUGCCCUCCUGCGGGGGGAGGGAGUGACCCCGGGCAGGCGCUGCGGGUCCCUAGCACAGUGGCUGCAGCAGCUGGCGGGUGGGGAGCUGGCGUGGGCAUGCCAAGGCUGGCAGGUAAAGUCGCAGCUGAAGCAAAGGUUGGUGACAGGUGGUAGCUUUGCCUUGGGCAGCCUGUCCCUACGGCACCCCCAAGGGUGCACACCUCUGCCACGGCACAGCUGCCUGGGCCCUGCUGUCCUGGGGGCUAUGGCCUGGCUCUCCGAGGCCUGGGCAGAGGCUGAUGGGGCCAGCGAGUGCAACAUCGCUACCCCCCAGGUUCGGGCUCCGCUAGGCACUGUGAGGGCUGGGCUGCUCCCCUGCAGUGGCACAGAGAAGGCAUCUCAGCCCUCGUGCUCGGUGGCAGCUGGUUACAGCCCUUGGGGCCCUGCAGCAGUAACGAGCACCCAUGUCUGGGUUCCCAGUGCUCUCCCCAGAGCCUCCAUCUGCUGCCCCCCACCGAGCCACAACCAGGUGCGGGGGAACCACUGAGGGCAUCUCACUGCACUCCUUGUGCGCCGUGCUAGGCACUCGGG